AUGGCCAAAUCUCGUCGCAACAGGGCGAAGGGUGGCCAGCGUUCCGAUCCGAUUGCUAAACCAGUAAAACCACCCUCAGACCCAGAAUUGGCGGCGAUAAGAGAAAAGAGUAUCUUGCCUGUCCUAAAGGAUCUUCAGAGCUCUGAGCCGAAAUCUCGGACUGCUGCCGCUGGGGCCAUCGCCAACAUAGUCCAGGAUGCCAAGUGCCGUAAACUACUUCUGCGGGAGAAGAUUGUUCACAUUAUUCUUAAUGAGACCUUAACCGACGCAAGUUUAGAGAGCCGGGCAGCAGGAUGGGAAAUCCUCCGUAUCCUUACGGCUGAAGAGGAAGCUGACUUCUGUAUCCACCUAUAUCGGGUUGAUGUUUUAACCGCUAUCCAACAUGCUUGCGCGAAGAUAGCAACUAUUCUCACGUCAACAAGUCCUGUUUUCAGUAAAGCCGCCAAAGCUGAGCAGGCUUUCACCUGGAGCAUCGCAGAAUCGCUUGUUGCUAUACUAUCAGCUCUAGCUGAAGCACAAGAUGAAGCUCUAGAUGCGGCUACGCGUAACGCGCAGAUACUUCGGUUUCUCUUUACCCUCGUUACUCUGGACUUCACCACCGCACCAGUCUUGAACGGUGCUCUCUCGUGCAUGAUAACACUUUCCGAGGAUAACAAACAGUUUGCGGAAGCGCUACUGGCUGAUAAGACUACCAAGUGUUAUGAUCAGCUCAUCGCAUUCAAGAAUGGCGGUGGGUACAAGGCAGUGUUGGCUUGUGGUGUAUUGCAUAACGUGUUCUCUAUGGUGCCAUGGAAUGAUCAUAGCCCUGGCAAUGAUGAUGCUUGCGAUGCUGUCCUUAUCCCCACGCUCUCGCGGACACUCGAGCACACGCAACUCAACGGCGAAAUGGCAAAUGGCGAUAGCUCAACAAGUCCGGCCGAAGUUUUGCAGUUGGCUCUUGAGAUUCUCGCGUCUAUCGGUACCACUCUACAGCAGACCCUCGAAUCAGGGAAUAAGAGAGAGAACAGGGAGACAAAUGCGGAUGCCGUGGAUGCUGACAUCGAGGAGGACCUCGUUGAUCACGAAUCUGAUGAAGAGGAAGGGGAGGAUGAAGAAAUGGACCAGGAUGAAAUGGAAGCCGACAUGGAAAUGGUCACAGGGGCAGAUGCUGACGAUGAGCUCCAGGGUAUUGACGACUUGCCUACUCUGAGAGAGCUCAUUCAGAAGGCGGUUCCACAAAUCGUCAAGCUGGUUCGUGCUACUGGCGGCGAUGACCAGACUUCAGAGUUGAUCCGUGGCCAUGCUUUAACGGCUCUGAAUAACAUUUCUUGGACAGUAAGCUGUAUUGAUUUUACCGAGAAAUCAAAUGCAGCCAUAUUGCACGCUUGGACACCUGCGGCAAGUAUGAUCUGGCAGCAGAUAAUAGCGCCAGUACUUGCGAGCAAUACAUCUGACGUCGAGCUCGCAACUAUCGUAACGAGUCUCGCGUGGGCUAUUGCAAGAACUCUGCAUGGGCAGACAUUCCUCGGCGGAGACGAGCAGAAGAAGUUCAUAUCGCUUUACCACGCAUCCAAGAACCUCGAUUCGAACCAGGAAGACCCAUUCCAAGGCCUUGGAGUCAAGUGCAUUGGAGUGCUCGGACAACUCGCGCUCAUCGAAUCGAUUGCGUUAAAUCGGGAAAUAGGUAUCUUCCUUCUCACGGUAGUGAAAGGGUUACCUGAGACACCGGCCGCGGAUGCUGUAGAAGCCUUGAACCAAUUGUUCGAUAUAUACGGCGACGAGCAUAAGCCAUGGGAUAGAGAAGUCUUUUGGACCGACAAUUUCCUUCAGCAUUUGGAAGAGGUCGCUCCAAAGGUGAAGGCUAUGGUAAAGACAAUUGAUAAGAGGCAAUCAACCGAGUUGCGUGUCCGUGCUGAAGAAGCGAAUUUGAAUCUUUCCAGAUUCGUUCGAUAUAAGCAGAAGCAUAAGCCUGAACAGGCUGAACUGGUAGUAAGGUGA